ACAAAACUUGCUGUUCACUGAGUUUCUUUCAGCACACGGUACGUUUCAGCGAGUCGCUCCUGCUCUGAGGAUGGCCCUACUCAAUUAUCCAGUUCCAGAGUUGGACGUCACUCUAAAAGAAGCGAGCCGUGUCCUUCAGCUCAUUCUGAGCCCCGAGGAGUAUGUCCACUACAGGAAUGCACUCUCCCAGCAGACCGAGGCUCUUCAGGAGACCCAGGAACGGCUGAAGUCCAUCGCCUCUGGCCAAGAGAACUGGGUGACCGAUCAAUUCAAGAAGCGGUUGCUAUCCUGUUAUGACCCCCUGCCCACCUCUACGGCUAUUCCCUCAGUCCUACCUCCAUCCAAGGCUAAGGGAGAGUAUGCACAGCUGGAAAGGGCCUCCACUCUGCUAUGGGCUGCAGCCAAGCUGUACAGUGAGCCUGGGCUAAUCGAGGGUGAUGUGCCAACAGAGCGCACACAACAGUCUGAGGUCUUUGCUGCCAGUCGCUUACCAGGCAAGAGCCAAGAUCAGAUAAAAGUGUAUCCUGACAGCCUCCAUGCCAUUGUGACCUGCAGAGGGGGUGUGUUUCCCAUUCAAAUUUUGAGGAACCCAAGUCCAGGAGGCACUGUCUCACCAUUGCCUCUUCAUGACAUCUACGCUCAGUUGGCCCAUGUGAUGAGUCUGCCGGCUGCACAGCCUGCACAAGACCCGUCCAACAUCUGUGGACUAUCUGCUCUUCAUCGCCAGACCUGGCACUGUAUCAGGGAGGAGAUUCUGAAGGGUGGUGGUGAGGCAGCAGAAUCAAUCGGGGUGAUGGAGAGUGCCAUUCUGGCCCUGUCGCUGGAAGACUGCCCUGAACCAGCUGAUCUGGCGGAUAUCCUCAAUGCUGUCCGUUUGGGAGGAGCUGAUGGACAGUGCCUGAGGUAUUAUGACAAGGUGGUAAACAUGGUGGUGUUCAAAGACAGCACGGCAGGCAUGGUGUUUGAACACUGUGCCCUGGAUGGGAUGGUGGCUGGUCUGGUUGUUGAAAGUGUGUGGCGCCUUUCAGAGUCUCAAAACGUAGAGCAUAUGAAGACCCAGCCACUGAUAAACGGGUCAGAUGUUGCUUCCUCACACCCAAAAGCUCUGAAAUUUACACUGGAAGGUGUGAAGAACCUAAGUCCUCGUCUUAGUAGCCAGCCACAAGCAAGUAACCCUGUCAUCACAUUUGAGGUUUCAUCCUAUCCAGAUGUUUUCACAACUCUAAGAGGUCAUAGAGGUCUAUAUGAUGCAUGGAUCAAUUUCACAUUGCAGCUCUCCCUGAAGCAAGCCCUUGGGGAAUCAGCUGCUCACAACAUCAUGGUGACUCCUACUCAUAUGAGGCACUACAAACAUGGCCGCUGUGAUCCAACAUACUCAAUCACAAUGCAGUCUCACAAACUUGUUACAGCGCUGGGAUCCUGCAUUGGGCCAGACAACGUUCCUCGCUACACUACAGAGCUCUUUCGACAGUUCCAUCUGGCAUUCUUAGAGCACAAAAAUCUUAUCAAAGCAACAAAGAAUGGUCAUGGUGUAGGGCCUCAUUUAGCUGUCUUGCGCAGGGGUAUGUCUCAAGACAACCCUCUCAAGAAAUACCUAGAUCUUUUUGGAUGCCCAUCCAUCUACCUCACUGGCUCAGAUUUAAUGGAAGGUGUGGAAUGUGCUGUGGGCAAUGUAUAUGCUACUGACCAGCUUGCUGUCACUUACCUGGGAAAGAAGGACAAAGUCCGUCUGGUGCUAAACGGAAAGGGCACCUUUGCCAGCAUUUUAGGAAAACUUAAACAGUGUCUGGAACUAAACCUAAAGCUUGUAAUGCUCCUGGCAGUAAGGUACGCGAUAGCUGGGCAGAUGGGAGCCAUUGAGUGCCUACUGCAAAAAGAGGAAGGGUCAGUAAAUGGCACUGCAGCAGAAGAUUUCAGCCAAGUUGUAGCUCCAAAAGAAGGAAAGAAAGUCAAGCAGAAAGGACCCACAGGCUCUGCCCAUGUAGAAAAGCAAGCCUACACCAUUGUCAUUCAUGGUGGAGCUGGGGAAGAAAUGAUGCUGAGCCAUAAGGUGGUUGAGGUUGUUGAAUUUGCCCUACAGACAGCGCUGACAUUGGGUGCACAAGUGUUAAGUCAUGGAGGCAGCAGUUUGGAUGCAGUGCAGCGAAGUGUGGCUGCUUUAGAAGACUGUUUCUUAUUCAAUGCGGGUAAAGGCUCUGUAUACAAUCACAAUGGCCACCAUGAGAUGGAGGCUACCAUUGUGGAUGGACACAGCAAAAAUUCUGGAUCCGUGGCUUGCAUGCGUAGCGCAAAAAAUCCAGUGAAAGCUGCCCGGCAAGUGAUGGAAAAAAGUGUACACUCACUACUGACAGGAGAUGGAGCUGAGGAGUUCCUAGACAGUCUCCAAGAUAAGGAGAAACCAAUGGAUGCAGAGUACUUUCACACUGAUGUCAGAUACAAGGAGCUGGCCCUGAAGCUUAGUGGCAGAAAGAACAAUCAUCCUCAAACAGUAGGAGCAGUUGCUCUGGAUUGCUGGGGCAAACUUGCAGCAGCCACAUCUACUGGGGGGUUAGUAGGCAAGUGGAAAGGUAGAGUUGGUGACACUGCAAUUGUUGGAGCAGGAAUAUAUGCUGAUUCAAAACUUGCUGUGACAUGCUCAGGAGAUGGUGAUGCAUUCUUACGCGAGACAGUUGCUCAUAAAGUGGCUAGUCUCUACAACCUCAAAGGCUACAGCUUGGCACAGGCUUGUCGGGAAGUGAUUUAUGAGGAUCUAGGCGGAAAAUGUGCUGGAAUCAUCGCAAUUGACCACAAAGGCGAAGCUGUGGUUGAAACUAACGCUGGAGUGAUGUUUGUUGGUUCCAUGGUGAAUGGAGUUGCUCGAGCUGAAGUCUUCAGACCCAUGAUUAGCUUUGCAAAUGUGGUCUGGGAAACUGACGAAUUUGUAGCCUAUUUGCACCCUGAACCCUGGACUCCAGGAACCACAAUUCUCACUCGAAAGGCCUUAAAUGGGCCAUGUAGCAUCUUUCAGUUAACUGUGCCUGAAUUUGUGGCAAUGUUGCUUGGGGCACAAACAGUUGCUAAUUUACUUUGUGAGAAACUUGAUGUGUACCGUUGUGCCUUGGUGUUCAUGCCCCAGCAAGACAAACCUGCUCACAUCAAAAUCUUGCCUAUUCGUGGACUCAAACCCAACUGGGAGCCUCAUCUUGCCCUUGAAGAGGACUUCCACAUACAUGACCCUGGUUAUUGCAGUUCCAAGAGUGGCCCACGUUGUGAAGAUGCUCACCUAGACCAGGUCCAGGCAAAGAUCCGGGCUUGCCUUCCAACUGCCAAUGCUCCUUCCUGCUAUGACUUCCAUGGAGAUCCUUCCCAUGAUGGUCUUUUUUCACGCAUUGUGAGAGGAGAGGAGCAGCAGUGGCGAGUCUGGGAGGACAACGAACAUGUAGCCUUUUUGACACCAUUCCCCAACACACCUGGCUUAACAGUUCUCGUGCCAAGAAAACCACUUACAAGUGACAUCUUCCGUCUGGAAAAGAGUGACUACACAGCCCUCAUCUUGGCCACACGGAAGGUGGCUCAACUUCUGCAAGAAGGGAUGGGUGCUCGAGGAGUGGCUUUAAUAUUUGAGGGAUUUGAAAUUGACUAUGCACAUGCCAAGUUGAUCCCACUUGUCACAAAGCCUGGGGAAGUGCCCCCGUCAAUGCCUUCUCCUCAGUUCUGCCCAACCUACCCUGGAUAUGUUACUUCAGCAGAUGGUCCUCCAGCAUCUGCAGAGGUUCUUAAUGAAAUCCACACCAACAUCACAAAGACCAUUGCUCCUCGCUCUUGGGAACAUCCCCAAAGCCACUCCACACUAGCAAUAAAGAGCCAGUGGUACCGCAACCUCUUUCAGAUUCAAAACACUCUGUUCCACAGCACAGUGGAGUAUUUCAACAACAAAUGCAAGUACGCUUAUGCUCUGACGCCCAUCACAACUGACACGAUUUCCUCACCAAUGGGUCUGGGGUCAGACUCAGAGCCUGUGUUCGUCAACAUGCUAGGCCAGGACGUGUACUUGGCUGACUCCAUGCAGUUUGUGCUCGAAUACUUCCUGCGGUUCCAGGAUGGACUUCCUGGGGCAUAUUAUGUGUCUCCCAGUUUCCGAGGCGAGGAUCCUGAUGCAACCCAUCUCAACCAGUUCUACCAUAUUGAGUGUGAGCUACUUGGUGACAUGGAUGAGGCUAUUAGUAUAGCAGAAGGCUUUGUGGCCCACCUGACUCACACAAUGUUAAAGAAUCACUCUAAGAUCAUCCUGAGCACAGCAGGAACACUGUCCCAUGUACAAGAUAUGAUAAAGCGACUGGAGGAUCCCCUUCCAAGAGUGACCCUGGACCAAGCUAUUACGAUGUUGCCCUCUCCUGACUGUCUUGAAUGGGUACAGGAGGGGCAGCCACAGUUUGGUAGAAAGUUAACUCGCAAAGGAGAAAGAACCCUGAUAGAAAAGUAUGGUGGUGCUGUUUGGUUGACAGAAAUGGAUCACCUCAGUGUGCCCUUCUACCAAGCGUAUGUUGAAGGCUCUGGCAGAACCAAAGCAAAGGCUGCUGAUCUCCUCUUUGGGUUGGGGGAGACAGUGGGGCUGGGGGAAAGACACCCCAACCCUGAAAUGGUGCAAGAGGCCCUACGACACCAUGCUGUACCAGAGGAAUCGUAUAAAUGGUACAUGAACAUGAGACAGGUCAUACCUUUGACUACAAGUGGAUGGGGCAUGGGCACAGAAAGGUUCCUCUGUUGGCUGCUACAGCAUGGUGAUGUCAGAGACAUGCAGAUCAUUCCCAGGAUGAAGGCAAAGAAAUACAUGCCUUAAAGCAAAGACUUUUCUCUCUUUGAACAAAACAAAACAUU